GCUGUGAAGUGGGGGCGCACUCCUCCUACUUCAGAUUAAAAACUGCUGCUAACCCAACACACCACUAUCAGCGGGUGCUUGCAAGCUGCAAUUCACAGUGAUCUGAACUUCGGGGCUUGCUUCAUCUCAUUGUUAUUUCACCAGUUAUAGCAAAGUUUUAAAGCUGUCCUUGCACACUUGUCCGUUUCUGAGCGACAGGAGCCAUUGUCUGCGGUGCAUCGCGACUGUGAGGUGUCCUAUUACAGCCCGUGCGCUUCACAGGCUCAGGGACAGAAAUAUUUAACUCCGAAGGGACCCCGGCGAGAGUAAAGAGGAGAACUGAGAAAGCGGCUCCGAGAUAUAGGCUGUACGGACUUACUGACAGUUCACUGGUUGUGGAUGGUACAUGAGCUGGAAAUACUUUAUAUAUUUGUCCUGGUCUUGCGUUUGUUUUGAGCAACAUUCUCACUGGAUAAGACUUGAGGCUUCGUUCCCGCUAGAUGAACGGGAGUUGGACAUUUCACUUAGUGUGUCUCUCUUGGCCUCUGGCCUGAGGAGGAGUGAGUGAAGCCCACCCCUCCCCCCAUGGUAUGCCCCCUUACCCAGCAUGCACUGCUGCUGCUGCAGUGCAUGCUGGUCCUGCGGGCUGGAGGCGUUGCUGGCAGGAGAGGGCCGGUGCUGCUGCCUGAGUCGCCCUGCCACAAAGCAGAACACCCGCUCAUCUCCCACUCAGAGAUGGAGCCGUGGCUGUUCCGGUUCAAGGCAGAAGGCACGGUGGAUUACUCCCAGCUAGCAUUUGACCCAGGACAGAAUGAACUGAUAGUGGGAGCCAGAAAUCACCUAUUCAGGCUCAAUUUGGAAGACCUCACCUUGAUACAGGAGGCAGAGUGGCACUGUGAUGAAUUCACCAAGGGAGCCUGCUUCAGCCGGGGCAAGUCUGAGGAGGAGUGCCAGAACUACAUCCGCGUGCUCCUGGUGAACGGAAACAGGCUGUUCACCUGCGGCACCAAUGCCUUCACACCGAUCUGCACCAACCGCACGCUCACGAACCUGACGGAGAUUCACGACCAGAUCAGUGGCAUGGCUCGUUGUCCCUACAACCCACUCCACAACUCCACGGCGCUCAUCACCUCCAGCGGCGAGCUGUACGCCGCCACUGCCAUGGACUUCUCGGGGCGCGACCCGGCCAUCUACCGCAGCCUGGGAGGGCUGCCGCCCCUACGCACCGCCCAGUACAACUCCAAAUGGCUCAACGAGCCCAACUUUGUGUCGUCCUACGACAUCGGCAACUUCACCUACUUCUUCUUCCGAGAGAACGCCGUGGAGCACGACUGCGGCAGGACUGUGUUCUCCCGCGCCGGCCGCGUCUGCAAGAACGACAUCGGGGGGCGCUUCCUGCUGGAGGACACGUGGACCACCUUCAUGAAGGCCCGGCUCAACUGCUCCAGGCCUGGGGAGAUCCCCUUCAACUACAACGAGCUGCAGGGGACCUUCUACCUGCCUGAGCUGGAGCUGCUCUACGGGAUCUUCACCACCAACGUGAACAGCAUUGCUGCCUCAGCUGUGUGUGCCUUCAACCUCAGUGCUGUCACCCAGGUGUUCAGCGGCCCCUUCAAGUACCAGGAGAACUCCCGCUCCGCCUGGCUGCCCUACCCCAACCCCAACCCUGACUUCCAGUGUGGCACCAUAGACUACGGCUCCUACGUAAACCUGACUGAGAGGAACCUGCAGGACGCCCAGAAGUUCCUGCUGAUGCACGAGGUGGUCCAGCCGCUGGUCCCUGUGCCGUACUUCAUGGAGGACAACGUCCGCUUCUCCCACCUGGCCGUGGACGUGGUGCAGGGCAAGGACAUGCUCUUCCACAUCAUCUACCUGGCCACCGACUAUGGAACCAUCCGGAAGGUCCUGUCUCCAAUGAACCAGACCAUGGGCAGCUGCCUAUUGGAGGAGAUUGAGUUGUUCCCCCCCAGGAAGAGGCAGCCUAUCAGGAGCCUGUUGAUCCUCCACAGCCGCAGUGAGCUGUACGUGGGCGUCAGGGAUCAGGUCAUCAAGAUCCCUCUGAUGAGAUGUAACUUCCACAAGACCAGAGAGGCGUGCGUGGGGGCCAGGGACCCCUACUGUGGCUGGGACAUGGUGCUGAAGAAGUGCACCACCCUGGAGGAGAGCCUGAGUAUGAGCCAGUGGGAGCAGAGCAUCACAAAGUGUCCCGUGCGUAACGUGACUGUGGAUGGAGGCUUUGGAGUCUGGUCAGGCUGGGGGACUUGUAGCCAUAACAACGGGGGCAGUGCUGGGUCAUGUUUGUGCCGAACGCGAGCCUGUGACAGCCCUGCCCCCCAGUGUGGAGGCCAGCAGUGUCAUGGCAUCAGCGUUGAGGUCGCCAACUGCUCCAGAAACGGAGCAUGGACCCCCUGGACCUCCUGGUCUCCCUGCAGCACCAGCUGUGGGAUUGGGUUCCAGGUCCGCCAGCGCUCCUGCAGCAACCCGACCCCUCGCCACGGGGGGCGUGUGUGUGUGGGGCAGAACCGGGAGGAGAGGUACUGUAACGAGCACCUGCCCUGUCCCCCUCAUGUUUACUGGUCAGCCUGGUCGUCAUGGGAACGCUGCACCGUGCCCUGUGGAGGUGGCAUCCAAUCACGACACAGGACCUGUGAGAACGGCAACGAGUGUCCCGGGUGUGGCCAGGAGUACCAGUCCUGUAACACCCUCCCAUGCCCUGACCUGAAGAAGACCACGCCCUGGACCCCCUGGACGCCCGUCAACAUUUCCGACAACGGCGGCCACUACGAGCAGCGCUUCCGCUACACGUGCAAGGCCCGUGUGCCGGACCCCGCCCUCCUGGAGGUGGGCCGUCAGAGGAUCGAGAUGCGCUACUGUUCCAGCGACGGCUCCACGGGCUGCUCCACAGAUGGGGAGCUGCUCCGGUCGGGCAGGGUGUCGGGCCACACAGUGAACGGAGGCUGGUCGUCCUGGAGCUCGUGGUCCCAGUGCAGCAGGGACUGCAGCCGGGGGGUCCGGAGCCGCAAGCGCACCUGCACCAGCCCGGAGCCUCGCUACGGGGGCCAGGCCUGCCUGGGGCCCCCACAGGAGUACCAGGAGUGCAACGUCACCCCCUGUCCAGUGGACGGCGGCUGGUCGUGCUGGUCGUCCUGGUCCAAGUGCUCCGUGACGUGUGGAGGAGGACACUACAUGAGGACACGGACCUGCAACAACCCUCUACCUGCCCACGGAGGAGACAUCUGCCUGGGUCUGCACACUGAGGAGGCCCUCUGUCACACCCAGCUCUGUCCAGAGAGCUGGUCGAGCUGGUCUGAAUGGUCCCAGUGCGACUCCUUGGGCUCCCAGAUGCGUGUGCGACACUGUGACGUGCUCUUUCCCACUGGGAACCAGUGCUCUGGGAACAGCACCGACAACAGGCCCUGUCCUCCAGACUCCAACUUUAUACCAGAAGUCUCAAUUGCUCACUCCAGUCAGGAGGAAAGGCGCUGUGGAGAUUUUAACUUGUUCCACAUGAUGGCUGUGGGCCUGAGCAGCUCGAUCCUGGGCUGCCUAGUCACCCUGCUGGUCUACACCUACUGCCAACGUUACCAGCAGCAGUCCCACGAUGCCACUGUCAUCCAUCCCAUCUCCGCCGCGCCACUCAACACCAGCAUCACCAACCACAUCAACAAACUGGACAAAUACGACUCUGUGGAAGCCAUCAAGGCCUUCAACAAGAACAACCUGAUCCUGGAGGAAAGAAACAAGUACUUUAACCCUCAGCUGGCCGGGAAGACUUACACCAAUGCCUACUUCACCGAUCUCAACACCUACGAUGACUAUUAAGACUUUGUUGGGCGUCUUAUCUCCUCCCUUUGUGCAUACCGCCAACCCCCAACUCCUUCUCCACCCGCCUUCUCCCCCACAAGCCACACAACUGGUUACGACCACUUUGUUAUUUCUUUGUUGUUUCUCAUGCCGUAUGUGACAUCACCUCCCAUGCUGAGACUCUCAGGCAGCUGCCCUCCAACCCAAGAGAGAUCUCUCCUCAGCAGUCCCCCUCAGGUGCCCAGGGGGUUUCUGGGAAGGUCUGGAGGUGUUUAGGGGGGUGAGGGGAGGGUUCUUGACUCUCACAAAAAAGGACAACUGGAAUACUAUACAUUACCAUCAUGGACAACAAAGGAAAAGGUUUUUAAAUUAAAAGUAAAAAAAAAAAAAAAAAACUUGAUUCAUUGCUGGAUUUGAAUUGAAAUCCUAUGUUCAUCUUUCCUCUGAAGCCUCUCGAUCCAGACCGGUGGUGACUUGGCGGGAGAGAUCCACCCAACUGCUCUGCAUGACUUCACCUCAUGUGUUUUGAUCUGUCUCUCAGCUUGCAUGGUUGAUAGUGGCCGUCCAGAGGUUACGGUCUUACAGGCAUCCUAUCAUACCUGUGAUCUCUAGACUGCUGUUUCUGUGUCAGAAGGUCCCUUUCGAGGACCCAAAGGAGGGUGACCUUUGAGAUGCCUGAUACCACCAACUACCACCAAACCCCUCUUUUGGAGAAGGGCAUGUACCCAGUGGCAGACUAGGCAUGGAUUCAGGAUGUAGAUAGUCGAGGAGACAUGUUUGUGUUUUUUCUGUUUUGGGGCUUUCAUGGGUCUAGUGGUUAAAAUACAAUAUCAAUGUCAAAUAUUUUGCUUUUGCUGUUGUUAUUGUACAGUCAUUUCAGUUUUUUGAAGCUGAUGUUCUCUGUAGAUUUUAUACGCACAUUUACUCUAUGUCUGUUGAAAAGUGCAAAUGUUUUUGUUUCGCAAAGAAGAAUUGAUUCAUGUAAGUUGAGAAGAAGCAUCUUUUUUUGGCACAGUAAUUUUUAUAUAGUUUUUGUUUUGAAAUUCAGAAUUUUUGAUAGUAUGUGUUCAGUGUUCUUUUGGCUUUUUGGAUUAGUUAGACAUGCAUUGUGAAGGCAUAAGUCUCUAACCAAAUCUUGAGCAUAACUAUUAUACAGCAAUUAUUCUCAAGGUGAUGCCUUUCUGUUAAAGAUGAACGUCAUAACUGAGUGAAACACUCAGCUAGUUCUUUUUUCCCCUCAAUGUUUCAACUGUAACUAACUCUUUUUACAUGUUUGCUUGUUUUAUUGUGCAUAAAUUAAAACGAUUGCUUCGUA